AUGCUCAGGUUUCUGGUGUUGACAAGUCUCGCAGCCGUAGCGCUGUCUGAGCUGAAGCCCCAGCCCAGGUACCUGGAGGACAUGUUUUCAAGGGUUGUGGGAGGUGAGGUGGCCGAACCCAACUCUUGGCCCUGGCAGGUCUCUCUUCAGUUCAGAUCCGGCAACGGCUACUACCACAAUUGCGGAGGAACCCUGAUCGAGAGAGGCUGGGUUAUGACAGCUGCUCACUGCGUGGACACCCCAAUGACGUAUCGUGUCGUUCUUGGCGAUCAUGACAUCUACAGUGGCGCCGGCACGGAGCAGGUCCUCGCCGUCAGUAAUAUUUACAUCCAUCCUGGAUGGGACUCCAGCAAUGCGCUUGGCGGGAACGACAUUGCCCUGCUGCGUUUGUCCUCUUCAGCCACUCUGAACUCCUACGUCCAGCUGGGCUCUCUGCCUCCCUCUGGCCAGAUUCUGCCCAACAAUAACCCCUGCUACAUCACCGGAUGGGGACGCACUUCCACUAAUGGCAACCUGUCUGCCCAGCUGAAGGAGGCCUACCUUCCUGUGGUCGACCACAAGACCUGCUCCAGCAAUGACUGGUGGGGCAGCUCUCUCAAGACCACCAUGGUGUGUGCUGGUGGCUAUAGUGAGGCUGGAUGCAGUGGUGACUCUGGUGGCCCUCUGAACUGCCUUGUAGAUGGAAAGUAUUACGUCCACGGCAUUGCCAGCUUUGUGUCUAUUUGGGGAUGCAACACUUACCAGAAGCCCACUGUCUUCACCCGUGUCUCUGCUUUCACUGAAUGGAUGGACUCGGUCAGUAUUAGGGCAUUAGGAUGGACAAAUCUAUCAUCUGUCAAAGAAUAA